AUGGAGAAAACGACCUCAUCGCUCUCAGAUGUCUGUGCUUUCUGGAAUCACUUGGAUGAAGAAAAGAUUAUAAGCUAUGUGAGUCCGGAGAAAGAUGUGGAUGGCUUUCAUCCCACCAAUGUUGGUAAUCUUGCCAUGCGCGGAAGGGAGCCCUCAUUCAUCCCUUGUGCUUCAAAGAGUUGCGUUGAGUUACUGCUCAGGAAUGAUGUGAAAAUCAAAGGUAAAAAUGUAGUGGUAGUCGGGAGGAGCAAGCUUGGGGGGUUGCCCACUUCCUUGCUAAUACAGAGGCACCAUGCAACAGUCACUACUGUGCACGCAUUCACCGGGAACCCAGAGCAAGUAACCUGUGGGGCUGACAUUUUGGUUUCAGAUAUUGGAGUUCCAAACAUGAUUCGAGGGCACUGGCUGAAACCAGGGGUUAUUGUUGUUGACAUGGGUGCAAAUUCAGUUGAGGAUACUGGCAGUUUGCAGGGUCAUCGUCUGGUUGUAGAUGUUUGCUAUGAGGAAGCGAUAGUGAAGGCCUCAGCUAUUACCCCUGUUCCAGGAGUGGUGUCUGGACCUACUUACGCGCACCUUGACAAUUCCAACGCGUACUUGCUACCUCUCUUCAGCAUAGGUUAUGGUUAUAAUCACAACAUCCUCAGAUCCAAGUUUAUUCUCUUCCAACUCAGAAAAUCAACUUAUCUGAGUGGUUAGCAGUGUGGGAAGCUAUCUGGAAAGAGGGAGAAAAUUCGUAUUAAUAUGUGCUUCAUGUGCAAGAGGUCGGGGAAGAUGUGAACCACUUACUAGUUCAUUUCAGGCCGUGCAUUUUGUUUUGGAGUCUAGAACCUGUUUGGAGCCAAAUAGUCAAUGCUGAACACUGGCAAAAACUUGCUAUAUGCAUUCAGAAGGAAAAGGAGAAGAGGAUGACCAUGGGAAGUGGUUGUUGUGACACUCGUCUGAAUAACUAGGGAAGAAAUAAAUGGAGGAGAUUUUGAAGGAGUUUUCACUCCUUUGCACAUAUUUGAAUCAUUCAUAUUUUCUGUAAAUUGUUGGAGCAGUUAAUAGAAUCCUGAUUAGAAUAGACGAUAGAGUACACUUGGUAAAAAAUCAUAUUGUGUAUUUGUA